ACUACAUAUCGACUACUGCCAUCAGUGUGUGAAUGUGUGGGUGUGACAUGCAGUGUAAAAGCGCUUUGAGUAGUCAUCAUUUAAGACAUUAAAAUGACAUUAUGAGACCCAUCUUCAGCAGUCUUUCGAGAAACACUGUGGUUGUUUAAAUUCACCACCCCGAUUAUUUUCAGGGGCAGCCUCUGUUGGCUUAAGUUGUUUGUGUGUCUUCAUCUUGCAUUUCUUUCUCAAUUAUUCAAGGAGGCUUCUCCAGCUGAGCAGGAUCAAUUCUUUAAGAUGAUGAAUCAUGCACAAAGGGGACGUAUGGAUGAGCAGCGUUGCUCUUUACAACCCAGCAGAAGUACUCCUGUCACACCCACACACAAUGGAAGUGCUUUGAAUAAUGUGCCCACAGGUGCAGAAGAUACAUUCUUCAAGGUCAUUGCCUCCAGCCAGGGACGACGUCUAGACGAUCAGCGUGUUGCCCUCCCUACCCUGCCAAGGAUAGGAGGAAACUCUAAAGGAAAAGAAAAUGGUAGAAAUAAAAAGUCUGAAAUCCCAGCUCUACCACACAUCACUGUGGCUGAAAGUACACCAACAACAUCAAGGAAAGCCUGUUCCACUCAACUCAACAUGGCUUAUGCAGAGUCAGGCUCCCCUCGAGCCAUUCCUAAAUCUGCUUCAUAUACCCCUGAGACAGAAUAUCAGAUGCUAAAUUCAUCAGCACAGGUGACCGUGAAGGUGUCUAUGAGCUUCACACCACAGCAGGGGCAGAGGAAAAUAAUUCAACCAUGUACAUUCCCUGAAGUCUUCCUCACUCUGGGAGCCCCAGGAGAUAACCUUGUGAUCCCUCUGAGCCCGGAACCUGGCAGACGCCUGUCCUUAAACUUAAACCUCGUACCAAAAGACGAUGUUUGGUCCAGGCCAUCCUCUCCAAGCCAUGCAAGUCCAAGAAAAGUUUGCUCUAGACCAUCAUCUCCAAAUCCAGGAGCAAAUAAAGGGGAUCCUAAAAAGGGGAAGGAAAAGUUACAUAAUGGAAAGGGAAAGGGGGGUGGCAAAAAAAGAUAGCAAUGGUGGAAUUGUGAGGUAAUCUAUUGAGGACAGCAACAAGAGGGAUAUGUGAGGUAUGUGACCUGGAAAUAAUUAAUAUAUAAGCGUAAGGUCUAUACCUGCACUUUUUGUUAAGUGUCUUGAGAUUACAUUUAUUAUAUAUUGGCGCUAUACACAUAAAGAUUGAUCGGGUUGGAUUGAUAGUAUAUUCUAUUGAAAUUGUAGUUGUAAUUUUUAAAUGCCUGUGCUCACUGAUCUCUCACUAACUAAACUAAUCUUUAACUUUUGUUUAGAAAAAUACUCUGCAUCAAUUUGUACAUUGUAUGUUGUUUUGAGCGUGUGGUGUCUAAGAACAUAUGGCUUUGCUUUUUCAAAUCUAAAUGUUACAUGUUAAAUCAAAGGAUGAAAACUAUGAUAAACUUUGACAAAGCUAACAAAGUUAACCAAACCUAAUUGCCAAUUCAUGUUUACUCUUCACAAGUUAAACACAAUUGAAAAUGUAGACUGAAGCAUACUUGUAAUGUUUUCACCGGAUGAAUACAAUAAAUUUGUGUUGUGUCUUAACAGCACAUGAUGAAAA